AUGUUUCGGAUAGUCGACCGAUAUUCCAGUUUCAGGCAAAACGCCAGCGAGCAGAUCUAUAAGAUGCUGUUUGUCUGGGAGCGGACGCCAAAUCUCAAAGCUAGUCCGUGGUUAGCCUGGAUUACGACGGCCGUUGUGCUGUGGGGCUACCGAGGUCGUAUCGCCCGGGCAGUCCUCGCGGUUUCCCCGCUGAGGUUGCUGAAGAGGCGAGCCGCCAACCCGACGGCCAGUCAGAAGAUACCAUCCACGAUUAUUUUGAAGCAGCGCAAGCGGCACAGCCUCGCGCACUUGCACAAGCACAAGACCGCCAGUCUACGACGCGUCAAGCGACUGUACACCGGCGACGGUCCGCACGUGCCCAGCGCCGUGUCCGUGAUCCAAGCAGGACCUCCCCAGAUCCACUACAGGGUCACCAGGAGCGGCAGGGUCUACGGGAAGUACGCGAACAAGGUCGCCAUCCGGAAUGGAAGCGGCAUACAAGAAAGCCAUUGA